CAUCACCCCGUUGGCCGUUGGAUCAUUCAAGUACAUCUGAGGAAAAGAGGGGACAGGGAAAUGGAUUGCGCAAAUGAACAUCAUGGGAAUGGGAAUGGAGGUAAUCAUCAUCAACAUGGCAAUGGAAAUGGGGGACAUGACCAUGAAGGGCAUUCACAUGAUGUUCCUUUAGAAGCUGGUCCGCAGGAUAGUUUAUAUGGUCAGAUUGACGUUCUUCAUGUGGUUGGAUUGAAUGCUAGGGAUGGGGCGGAAGUAGGGGAGAAGGUAAUCAAACCAUGGUCAGAGAGGGAAGAUGAAAGUAAAUAUUGCGAAUCAGAAGCAGACGAUACUCUUAUCCUCAAAAUCCCAUUCCUAUCAAGCGUAUCGAUAAGAUCUAUCAGUAUAAAAGCUGGACCAUUAGGUUUCACACCGGCCUCUGUUCAAAUUUUUAGAGACAGACCCGAAAUGGACUUUUCGGAUUGUGAAGGUGCCACCCCCACUCAAAUUUUCGAUAUCGUUCCUAAUCGUCAAGUUGUAGAGUAUCAAGUAAAAGCAGCGAAAUUUACAGGUGUCACUUCCCUCACUCUCUUCUUCCCCGGUAAUAUCUCAGAUCCGAAUGAAGACACUACUCGAAUCUUCUAUGUCGGUCUCAGAGGGACUCAUCAAGCCAUCCCUCCUCGUCCGGGAGUGAUAUUGUACGAAUCUGCCGCCAGACCUCAAGAUCACAAGGUAACGACAAAGAGCGAUGCGGCGAGAUAUCAACAUGGUUUUUGAGAUAGUCGUUGAGACGAUGACUCGGAAGAAGUGAGACACGACAUGUGAUACGUUUGUACGAUCCAAGUAUAUUUCAAAAUACCACACAAGGAACCAUGUGUUCAUACGACCACUUAUGCAUUUCAUGUCUGUAUCUU